GCCUGGUCGGCGGCCCGCAAGGCGCCCUUCCGCGCUAGGCCGGGCGGUGUGGCGCGCGGCGCCGAGCAGGCCCCGAGGAGGCCGCAGUUAGGCCCGGGGAGGAGCCCGGCUGCCCCGAGCGGCGGCGGAGGCGCGCUCCGUAAACGGGCGGGGGUUGGGGGAGGGUUGCCCGGUGGCCCGGGCGGCGGCUGAGGGGGCCCGGGGUCGGCGCCGCGGCCCGCUUGGGCACCGCGUGGGGGCGAGGCCUGGCAAGGAAGCGAAGGCUGCAGGCGUGAGGUGAAGGCCGCAGGCCGGCCGGGCCGAUUUUCGCUAUGAGCUGUGACUGAUGAGAAUUAAAGGCCAUGGAUGAAGAUGGACUUGAAUUACAACCACAAGAGCCAAACUCAUUUUUUGAUGCAACAGGUGCUACACACAUGGAUGGUGAUCAAAUUGUUGUGGAAGUACAAGAAACUGUUUUUGUUUCAGAUGUUGUGGAUUCAGACAUAACUGUGCAUAACUUUGUUCCUGAUGACCCAGACUCAGUGGUAAUCCAAGAUGUUAUCGAGGACGUUGUUAUAGAAGAUGUUCAGUGCCCAGAUAUCAUGGAAGAAGCAGAUGUAUCUGAAACGGUCAUCAUUCCUGAGCAAGUGCUGGACUCAGAUGUAACCGAAGAAGUUUCUUUAGCACAUUGCACAGUCCCAGAUGAUGUUUUAGCUUCCGACAUUACUUCAGCGUCAAUGUCUAUCCCAGAACACGUCCUGACAGGCGAAUCCAUACAUGUGUCUGACGUUGGACACGUUGAACACGUGGUUCAUGAUAGUGUAGUAGAGGCAGAAAUCGUCACUGAUCCUCUGACAACUGACGUAGUUUCAGAAGAAGUGUUGGUAGCAGAUUGUGCCUCUGAAGCAGUCAUAGAUGCCAACGGGAUCCCUGUGGACCAACAAGAUGAUGACAAAAGCAACUGUGAGGACUACCUUAUGAUUUCCUUGGAUGAUGCUGGCAAAAUAGAACACGACGGUUCCUCUGGAAUGACCUUGGAUGCAGAGUCGGAAAUUGAUCCUUGUAAAGUGGAUGGCAGUUGCCCAGAAGUCAUCAAGGUGUACAUUUUUAAAGCUGACCCUGGAGAGGAUGACUUAGGUGGCACCGUAGACAUUGUGGAGAGUGAGCCUGAGAAUGAUCAUGGAGUUGAACUACUUGAUCAGACUAGCAGUAUUCGUGUGCCAAGGGAAAAGAUGGUUUAUAUGACUGUCAAUGACUCUCAGCAAGAAGAUGAAGAUUUAAAUGUUGCUGAAAUCGCUGAUGAAGUUUAUAUGGAAGUGAUUGUGGGAGAAGAGGAUGCUGCAGCAGCAGCAGCAGCCGCUGCACACGAACAGCAAAUCGAUGACAAUGAAAUCAAAACCUUCAUGCCGAUAGCAUGGGCAGCAGCUUACGGUAAUAAUUCUGAUGGAAUUGAAAACCGGAAUGGCACUGCAAGUGCCCUCUUGCACAUAGAUGAGUCUGCUGGGCUCGGCAGACUGGCUAAACAAAAACCAAAGAAAAGGAGAAGACCUGAUUCCAGGCAGUACCAAACAGCAAUAAUUAUUGGCCCUGAUGGACAUCCCUUGACUGUCUAUCCUUGCAUGAUCUGUGGGAAAAAGUUUAAGUCAAGAGGUUUUUUGAAAAGGCACAUGAAAAACCAUCCUGAACACCUUACCAAGAAGAAGUACCGCUGUACUGACUGCGAUUACACUACCAACAAGAAGAUAAGUUUACACAACCACCUGGAGAGCCACAAGCUGACCAGCAAGGCAGAGAAGGCCAUUGAAUGUGAUGAGUGUGGGAAGCAUUUCUCUCACGCUGGGGCUUUGUUUACUCACAAAAUGGUGCAUAAGGAAAAAGGAGCCAACAAAAUGCACAAGUGUAAAUUUUGUGAAUACGAGACAGCUGAACAAGGGUUAUUGAAUCGCCACCUUUUGGCGGUCCACAGCAAGAACUUUCCUCAUAUUUGCGUGGAGUGCGGUAAAGGUUUUCGUCACCCAUCAGAGCUCAAAAAGCACAUGCGAAUCCACACCGGGGAGAAGCCGUACGAAUGCCAGUACUGCGAAUAUAGAUCUGCAGACUCCUCUAACUUGAAAACGCAUGUAAAAACUAAGCACAGUAAAGAGAUGCCAUUCAAGUGUGAAAUUUGUCUUCUGACUUUCUCAGAUACCAAAGAGGUUCAGCAACAUGCUCUUAUCCACCAAGAAAGCAAAACACACCAGUGUUUGCAUUGCGACCACAAGAGCUCGAACUCAAGUGAUUUGAAACGACACAUAAUUUCAGUUCACACGAAGGACUACCCCCAUAAGUGUGACAUGUGUGAUAAAGGCUUUCACAGGCCUUCAGAACUCAAGAAGCACGUGGCUGCCCACAAGGGUAAAAAAAUGCACCAGUGUAGACAUUGUGACUUUAAGAUUGCAGAUCCAUUUGUUCUAAGUCGCCAUAUUCUCUCAGUUCACACAAAAGAUCUUCCAUUUAGGUGUAAGAGAUGUAGAAAGGGAUUUAGGCAGCAGAAUGAGCUUAAAAAGCAUAUGAAGGCACACAGUGGCAGGAAAGUGUAUCAGUGUGAGUACUGUGAGUAUAGCACUACAGAUGCCUCGGGCUUUAAGCGGCAUGUCAUUUCCAUUCAUACGAAGGACUAUCCUCACCGUUGUGAGUACUGCAAGAAGGGGUUCCGAAGACCUUCCGAAAAGAACCAGCACAUCAUGCGACAUCAUAAAGAAGUUGGCCUGCCCUAACAAUACUUCUCCAGACAUUUGCAGAGAUGUUGGCCUUGAAGCAGAAAUUUAAUUUUAAAGCCAGCCUCUUUCACAUGAAAUACUGUAUAUUGAUUUAUGCUGUGUACAAAUAGAGUUAUUGCUUCUAGUUGACUUUUUUUUUUUUUUUUUACAUUUUGUUCAACAGUGUGUUCUGGUUUCUAUUCAGUUUGUUUAAUCAGUGGGGAAAAGCAGCAACAACCAAGAGUUGCUUUUAAUAACAUAAUCCCUGAUUCUAUACUGAAGUUUUCUAUCUUAGAAGUUUUCUAUUUAUUUAAAUAUUUACCUUGCUUACCUUGAUGGUACUCUUCUAAGACCAUUUAACUUAAGGUAACUUUAGAUUGGUUACUCUGAAAGUAAUCAUAUUGACUCAUUUUUCACCCCGUAUUUUUCUCACAAUAAAAUUGUCAGAGACAUCUACUAACAUAAAAUGGGAGAUUUUACAGUCAGGUCUAAUUAUACUAACAUGGCUGUCAUUUACUUGUCUUGCUUAAUCUUUUCAGACUACAUGACAAUGAAAGUUUCCAUUUGAGCUUUUGCAUCCCUGGCAUUGCUGAGUAAAGAACAGUGGCUGGGUCUGUGUUUACUUUUCGUUUUGUUUAGCAGAUGAAAUAUACUUUUGGGGGGGUUGGCUUUCUUUGGAGUAUUUACAUCUUUUGUCAGCGUAGCAAACUUUUAGUAAACUUUAUUGAAAAAUUUUGCUUGAUCCUGUUGUAUUUUGAUUAUUCUGUCUGUGCUGCUUUGUCUUGGAAUGGUUGUGUGCUACCAAUGAGACUUAUUGAGGACUGCAUUUUGGAAUCUCCUAGAGGUCAUUUGUGGCUCAUAGAAUCUUUUGCAACUUUAUAUAUGUAAAUGUACCCUGAAUUAUAUAUAUGCACAUAUAUAUAUAUAUAUAUAUAAAAACAUGUAUCUGUGUGUAUUGCUUAUUUUACAUAUUUAUACACACAACCCCAAGUAGUAGUUUAAAAUCUAUAAUGAAAAGUAUUGAAUUUACAAUAACAUGAAAGAUGCAGGGAUGUAUGAGAGAGCAUUUUGUAAAUGACGCUCUUCAGAGAGACUACUCAGGUGAAGAAUUAGAAGGAAAAUAAGGACACUAGUAUUUUUAAAGAGUAAAGGUAUUUUCUUUGAAAUAUCUUUGGUAAUUGAAAAAUAGAAGUUGAGAUGUUUCUAGAUAGAAUGUUUUCAUACAACUUCAGCUCCAUGCCUUUAUAUUUUUCUGAAAAGCUAAUGAGUAUUCAGACAUACCUCCCUCAGUUCUCUCUGAUAAGCCCGUAAGGGACCUCUGCAUCACCAAGCGAGGGGGACUACGGAAGCUACCGCUCCAUGUACCAGAGAUUGGGUGCUACUUCAUGAAUUUACACUUGGCAAGUUCAGCCUGCUCUGUUAUUUUUAAGUUACAGUUAGCAAACUUGAAAAAACUUCACCCUCAAGUUGGCAUUGAUUAGAAGAUCAAGGUGUGUUUUCAGUGCAUGAGGAACAUCUGAGGCCUUAUUUGGAACAUCCCCAAGUCGUUCACAGUUUUGUUUUUCUUUGAGAGUUGACAUUUUUAAACAAAUACUUCUGCAUCAGAGUAAUGAACUCAGUUAAUUAGAAUUGGGUUACUUUAGGAUGAAUGUUGGAGAACGAAACAGGUUUGGGGGUCCUUAGGUUGGCUGUCGGCACAUGAGUAUCUGGCACAUUGUGGGAGAGUUAGGACUUUUCCUCCCACUUGAUAGCUGCCUUGCCACUUCAUUAUGGUGCUCCGUCCCCUUCGUGCUUUUAGGUUUUUAUCUUUCAUCUUUCUCUUUGCCGUUGAUAUUUGUAUUCAAGAGUUUAUAGGGUUAGAAAUCUAAGUAUUUGGUGUUUGGCAAGCCUCUGAAGUGCUAGAUUGAUUUAGCCCACGUCUAAAUCAAGUACUUUGGGCUGGUAUGAACUUCAACCUGAAUGCCAGUCAAAACCAAGGCAUGGGCCUAUCCCUGUGGGAACUCCUAUGCCCUCUUGGCCUCCAUAACGUGCUUUUUUAAAAAAGGUAACUUAAAAUUGUGUGAUUCAUUGCCCCGCAGUACUAUUCUUGAAAGCUCUGUCUGUUUUUUUGUGAGAACCUUUAAAAUCUCCCUUAUUUUUUAUUUUUCCCAGAGAAUGUAAAACACUUAAAUGAAAGUGGAAAUUAAUUAAUUUUAAAACAUUCUGUAAAAUUUGAAAGUAUAAAUAAUUGGUCAUUUAACUAUAUUUUUUUAAAUAAACUGAAAGAUAAAGAACACAACAUUUUACACACUUUAUAUUUCUCUUACAUAGUCUGGAAUCAUACACAGUUCUUUUCUUUUUAAAGCACAAUAUUGAAACCUUUAAAAGGUAUUUAAGGGUUUGGUCAAGUGAAUAUGCUAAAAUGUAUUUGUCUGUAUAAAGAGAAAAUUAAAUUGUAGUCACCGUUAUGUACUGACAUUAGUUACAACCUAGUUUUAAUUCCUAAAACAAUUUUGAUUAGCAAAGCUAAAAAAAUGGAUGUUUCAGUUAAAUGUUUUAAAGAGGUACAGAUUUUUACAAGGACAUAAUAUAAGUUAUUGUUCUGUAGAAAUAUCCUAUUAAAUAUUGUAUGUCCCUCCCUCUGUACACUUUGUAAAAAAAAGUAAAAUACAUAAAAAGAAAAUCAUAUAGGGAUGUGUGACAUUAUUGUAAUUGUGUACUUGAGAAUAACGUGCAAAAAUAAAAAUCAGAAUAUUUUCCUGUUAAUGAAUGUUUAGUCUAUUUGAUACCAGUACUAAGUUAAUGCUUUUUCUUAAAAAAAAAAUAUGUACAGUUUUUGUAAACCUAAUAAACAUCAAAAGCAGUGGAUUAUUUUCAUUUCCCCAUUUCUUAAUUCCUUUUAUCCAGCAGUGGAAUGCAAAAUGCUUGAUGGCUUUGAAUUUUGUGACCCGGGUGCAAAUACUGAUAAUAUUUCAGCCCUGCUAAGUUAUCAUUUCAGAGAAGUUAAGAGGUGAUUUGGUGAGUCCUUUGAUGAGCAUGUCCUUGGAAUUCAUUUUUUUCUUUUAUCUUCAUAAAGGAUUUAUUUUAUUAGCAUCCCUAAAUUCCCGAGAUAGAUUUCUCUUGCAUAAAGUGGUUUUUGAGAGCACUUAAAGUUCAUUUCAGUAUCAGUCCACAACACAUUUGAUCAGUGGGGGUCGUCCCCACCUCCACAGGAGAAGCCCUGCCCCUCGAGUUAGUCCUCUGUGCCCAGUUGGGAGGGCUCUAGUUGACAUUAACAUACAGGAGAAUGGUCAUUGUCAUAACAAAAAUCAGAAGUUAGGUAAAAGUUAUCAGGAGUCAAAAAAGAACAAGAUAGAUUUGAGGCAUCUUUGAUUUUUAAAGAUGAGAUCCUGCAGAUCUUCAGCUAUGUAGGAACAAGUGUUCGCCUAAUCCUUGAAACAGUGAAUAAUCAAAACUUGAGUAAAUGAUCAAGAGGACAUGGUGAGCAUCUGUCCAGACCCGUAAAUCAGACAAAAUCCUAGCAUGCUGAGAAACUUGGUUGUAAUAGAAUGUCUGACAGACAACACCUUACCAACCUAUCCCAGGCAGUCAGAUCAUGCAUUGCUCUGUUCUGUGGGAAUCUUACUCAGUAUUAACAAUUUCCUUUAUUUCCCACAAAUUCUAGGAUUCAUGGAAAAAGCACAACCAGUCAGAAUCUUAAAGGGCUGCUGUUUCAGAGCAGUGGUUUUCAAAGGGUCUGGCAGCAGCCAGGGACUUGGUUAAACAUGCAAAUUCUCAGCCCCGCCCCAGACCCACUGGAUUGGGAUAUGGGGCACGGGACCCAGUUAGUGACCUGGUGUCUUAACAUGGCCUCCAAGUGAUUCUGAUGUAUGCUCAAGUUUGGGAAACACUGUUUUAGAGCCCUUGAGGAACUUCAAAGAUUGUUGGUGCAACAUUUUGUGUGGUGGACAAAAAACAUGUACACGCGUGUGCCAGAAAUAAGUUGAAAGUGAAGUGGGGCUCAAAUUACACCUUGGGUUUACCCCUCUUCAAAUGUGUACUUGCCAGUCAAUAAGCAAAUCCUUUAUCUAGUACACAUGUAAAUAGCCUGUAGUUCAUGAAUCUUGUCUGGCCUCCCCUAAGUUACAUUUCUCAAAGGUAAAUAGAACUCAGGAAGGUUCAGCACGUUAAGUAAAACAGAAGAGCUGAAAAGUGUGUGUGUAAUCAAUUGGCCCAAGUUAAGUAAUUCAUAUCUGAGAAACCAUUUUGCCACAUUCUGCGGCUGUUUAAGGUCAAAAUUAAGUUUGCCCUUUUGGAUUUUGUUUUACCUUUUGUGUAUAUAUUGCCUGCCUUUUUCAUAAAAUAAUUCAUGGAUUUGUUAUAUAUUGUUCCUGUUAUUUUUGACAUCUUUGCUAUUGUAAAUAAAUUCCUAUUUUAAGUUA